GUUGACAGAAGAGAAAAUUCCCCUGGAACCGGUUUCUCUACUUCCCAGCCCAGCUGGGGCACCCACCGGAGGGAGAGGCCAAGGCCAAAGACCUGGGCCACCAUGGCCUCAGCCCUAAGCCCACCCCGGCUCCCCAAACCCAAGGCUGCCCUACCUUCACACUACUACGAGAGCUUUCUAGAGAAGAAGGGACCCUGUGACCGGGAUUACAAGAAAUUCUGGGCGGGCCUCCAGGGUUGCACUCUCUAUUUCUAUAAUAGCAAUCGGGACUCCCAGCACGUGGAGAAGUUAGACCUAGCAGCAUUUGUGAAGCUCACGGAUGAGACCCCCUGGGGGGGCUCCCGAGACCCAGGCACCCAUUUCAGCCUCGUCCUCCGGAACCAGGAGAUCAAGUUCAAGGUGGAGAGCCUGGAGUCUCGGGAGAUGUGGAAAGGCUUCAUCCUGACGGUGGUAGAGCUCCGCGUCCCGUCCAACCUGACCCUGCUGCCCGGACACCUGUACAUGAUGGCCGAGGCCCUGGCCAAGGAGGAGGCGCGCCGCGCGCUCGAGGUGCCCUCCUGCUUCCUGAAGGUGAGCCGGCUAGAGGCGCAGCUGCUCCUGGAGCGCUACCCCGAGUGCGGGAACCUGCUGCUGCGGCCCAGCGGGGACGGAACGGGCGGCGUGUCGGUCACCACCCGCCAGACGCUCAAUGGGAUAUUGGUGGUCCGGCACUACAAGGUGAAGCGUGAGGGCGCCAAGUAUGUGAUCGACGUGGAGGAGCCGUUCUCCUGCGCCUCACUCGAUGCAGUGGUCAACUAUUUCGUGUCACACACCAAGAAGGCUCUGGUGCCCUUCCUGCCGGACGAGGACUACGAGAAGGUGCUAGGUCCUGCACCCCCCUCGGGUGGCCCCAAGCAGCUGCCUCCGUUGCCCAUGGCGCCUGUCUUAAGCCAGGACACGCUGACCCCACUCCCAGACCAGGAUGAGAACUAUGUGAUCCCCAUCGAAGACCCCCCAGCCGCCAACUACGUGAAUGGGGAUGUGCCUUCCCCUAGUCGGCCAGUCGUCGUGAAGCCCAAGAGGUUGGCCAAGGUUCAGGGAAAGCCUCCAAAGCUACCAAAGCCACCCACUGUGCCCAAGCCAGAGCCCAAAGGCCUCAACGGCGGCCUAGCCAAGAAGCUGGCGGUCAACUCAGCGCAGGCUUUCUUCCCCUCAACAGGCCUGGCAGGUUUGACGGCCGAGCUGGAGGAGAAACUGCAGAGGAGGAGGGCGCUGGAGCACUCGGUUGGCCACGCUGGGGACCAGUGAGCCAGUCUCAGGGUGCAGCAAGUCAGGGAGGCGGAGCCCUCCUCCCAGAAUAAAAGCUUAAGUGACCCCA